UUUUUUCCACAUAUCGGCGCGACGUCUUAAUUUCUCGAGAAUGCGCGAGACUUUGUUGCCACGCUCAUCGCAUACUGUAAACAAUGUGUAGUCUGUUGUGCACAGGCUCUUGCUCCAGCGUUCGUCUGUAGGGAUACUGACUAUAUACAUGUCCUGACUUUGAGAACAAAAGCAGCAUGGAAGGAAAUGUGGAUGUCUUCGGUGUGGGAGGAGAGGAAGAAGAGAUCAUGGACUAUGAUGAUGGUGAUGACCUUAAUUUCAGUACAGACAGUGAAGAAGAGUAUGAAAAGAACAGCGACAAACAACAAGAGUACCCAAAGACACCUGAGGAGCGCAUUACAUGGCAGGAGCAUAUUCGCAUGAUUCACUUGCGUAGUCAUCUGAAUCAAUUGGCAGAAAAGUUGAAGCAUGCUUUCUACAAUGUAGAAAAAAUAAGAGAGGAACUGAAAAAGUGCCGUACUCACAAACGCCAGUUGCAGAGUGAACGCGACUCAUUGUUCAAGCAGAUGGAAGAACAGGAGAGCAAUAAAGCAGCCAUAUAUCGAUUGCGAGCUGCGCACAAGCGGGUCUGCUCAGAAUUAGAUGAGGAGGAGAAGCUAGAGAGAACAAUUCAGGAACAAGUGGAGAAGGCAGAAUAUGACUUAGCUUUGGUUGAGGCAGAAAAAGGCAAGUUUAUUUUGGUUGAGGAGGAGCUGCUGCAGAAAGAGCAACAACUCGCAAAAGAGAAAAUGCAGUCAGCACACGUGCGGCAGCAGAAAGAGCAAAGACUUGCUGUUACUGCUCGGAUCACGAGAAUGAAGGAAACAAGACAGAAAGCACAGUUAGUGAAAGAAGAACAGCAAAGGCAUUGCAAAGCAAUAAAGGAUGCUGAGCGUAGCCAUGAACAAGCCAGCAAGUACCUGAAGAAAACUUUGGAGAAAAUGAAGAAGCAGCAGGAAGUUGAGCAAGAACGCUACCAAUGUGAGAUGCAGCGGAAAAUGGACAUGCUAGUAAAGCUGAAGGAAGACAUGGGUCCAUUAAAUGACUUUUUUGAGUUGAUUCUUUUUAAAAAGGACAAUAUGAAGGUAAUACGUGCACGAGACAAGGCUCUGGAAUUAGAAAGACAACUAGAAGAAGCUGCAGAGUAUCAGAGAAUCUUAGAUGAGGGAGGUAAUGCUGACCAACAGCUAAACAUCAAGAAGCGACUAAAUGAUCAGGCUGAGAAGAAAAAAAUGUUUGAAGAAAAGCAACUGGAACAAAGCACAUUCAUACUUAACAACAUCAUAUAUGAAGAGAAACAGUUGCAGAAGAGAAAGAAACAGCAGCCACAACUGUGGAAUGAGCCUGCCUGGGAAAAGACCUUACGAGUGGCUCCUCAUAAGCAGAAACCAGUCAAGCUUUUAGAAGAUUAUAUCAAUUCCUCAUAUGGUGAAGUCAAAGGUGGACCAGAGUUGAGAGACAUGACCUUUAAGCAGGAAGAUGAAAAGCAAGAUAAGGAGAAGGUUGUGCAGGAGGAUGAGCUCAGAAUCCAUGACAGCACAGACUCUAGUGAUGAUGAAGCCAAAGAAGCAAGAGGAGUCAACCUGGCAGUACCUGAGUUUGAGGGAUUAUGGGAACAACAGAUAUUACCACCCAAGGUUACUAAGGAUGUUCAAACAUCUUCUAAGCGUCCAGGUGCAAGUAAAAUGGACAAGGAAAUUCUAGAGAAAGUCUUAAAGAAGCACCGUGAGCACAUCGUUGUAAAGCAGAUUGCUGUUGGCCGUGAGUUCCAUGGUUGCUCAUUUAACAGUAAACCUGAGGUCAUUCAUUUCAAGGAUAUUGAUGUGGGAAAGACAUACAAAAAGAAGGUUGUGCUAACCAAUGUGUCAUACACUGUUAACUAUUGUAGGUACACUGGGAUGACAGAGAGACUAAAAGACUUCAUUAAAGUCAAGUUUGAUCCUCCAGGUCAAAUGUCAGCUGGAAUGACUUGCAACUUAGUUGUCACCUUUAAGCCAAUGAUUAAUGAAAGCCUGUUUGGAGAAAUAAACUUUCUUUCUCAGACUGGCCCAUUCAGUAUUCCACUUCACUGCACAAUCAAAAAGUGUGACCUUCAUUUGGAUGUAGACCAAGUGGACUUUGGCACAGCUGUGAUAGGGGAGACAUUGAAGCGCUCUAUCACUCUGUCUAACCUUGGAGGACUGGGCACCAAAUUUGACUUUUUCAAAGUGACAGGUAUGAAGCAGCAUACAUUUACAACUGGAGAAACUUCACUUGGCAGGCUAACCUCAGACUCUCUUCAUGGAGUCAGUGCUGACUCAGAAGUGACACCUGAAAAGGUUGGACAGCAGGGGUUAUUUGACAUUGCUGAGGAUCUACAAGAAGUUCCAGUUUCAACAGAGGUCGUGCAACAAACAAGUGAAAUACUCCAAGCUGAAGGAAGUGAGUUGGCAGACACAGCUGCAGUGGACACAGAGGUGCUUGCAGAUAGCGAAAAGAUGGGCCCCCGGGAACUUCCUGAAGGUGCUUCCCCAGACCUUGCUGUGAGUGAGGUGGACUGCAAUCUGGAUGGCAUGCGAGUGGGCUCUGUGACAACAGGCGAGAUUGGCCCAUUGAGCUCUGUGCAGCUGGACAUCAUUUGGCAUCCCACAAUCCCUGGCCAAGUACAGUCAGAAUUUCUUGUCACAUUUGCUGAUACCCAGGCAACUUCACUGGCAGUGUCAGCUAUAGCCAACGGUAUCGAUGUUCCAGUGUGGGUUGAGCGACAAUCAGUAGAUCUUAAGAUCUGUGUGUUUGAUCGCCUGUAUCAGGACACCAUCAUUAUAAACAAUAGGGCUACCACAGCUCUGAAGCUGAAAUUUGAGGUUUGUCGUGAGCUGCACAACUACAUGGAAAUCUUGCCACGUACUGGAUACAUCCAAGCACAGUCACAGUUCAGUACUCAGCUGAAAUUUUUGCCAAGAAAAUCCCUGGCUGAAGAUUCAAAGAAAUACUUUGAUGCUGAGACAGGUGUGCUGGAAGCUCCAGUUCUGAUUUUUGUGGCUGACCAGACUAACCCAGUUUCAUUCGCCGUACAAGCUGUUGUGACAAAUUCGGACAUGGAGUUUGAUGUACAAGAGAUUGACUUUGGCCAUUGUACUGUAUAUGAAUCUGUGUGCACGACAAUUCAGCUGACUAACAAGUCAAUCCUGCCACAACAUUAUGGCUUCCUUGGUCUUCCCGAGUAUGUGGAAGUACAACCAAAUGACGGCUUUGGGACACUGCUGCCUUUGGAAACCAUAAAGCUGGAUGUGAUCUUCAGUCCACAAAAAGCUUAUGACUACAAGUUUGAUCUGAUCUGCAAGUCUGUGAUAGAUCGAGACUUUAAAAUUUCCUGUAAAGGGGUUGGGGUACUACCUCCCCUGCAGCUUUCCAGUCAGGUGAUACGUUUUGCUGCCACAGCGGUGUUUGAUGUCUCCACAGCAAGUCUACAUGUCAUCAACUCGCACAAAAGCACCAAUGAGUUUGCUCAUCCGGUUCCUCGGAUAGGCACCAAAGGAGACAUUUGCCCUGUUGGACUCACGUCUUUUGAGUUUGUUGUUCCACAAGAUGCACCUGUCUCAAUUUCUCCAUCUGUUGGGACAGUUGCACCUGGAAAAAAAGCUCUCAUUCAAGUCAGAUUCAGGCCGUCACUCACUGAUGACGAAAUACAGCAAGAAAUGUUGCGUCUGAAGACAAAGAUGGAGGCUUUGCAGUUGGAACAAGAUGAGAAACUUGAAAAGGAUACAUUAGAGCAGACACAGAAAACAGUUCAAAGAGUAACAAUGUUCACUGCUAAAAGUUCUCCUUUGCAUGCUGUUGCCACUGCAUCAUUGUUGCGUCAGUUUGAGGCCACUGUCAGUACUGUUGUGAUUCCCUGCUAUAUUGCUUCUAGAGAACCGUCAGGAAAGUUAUCACACAGCAUAGAAAAUACGCUGUAUCUGGAAGUUCGUUGCCCAGUGGUCAAGCCCCAGCUGAUUGUAAUUUCUGACAGUGGGAAAACCACAGUGGAUUUCAGUGAGGUAUCUAUCGGGCAGAGCACAUAUCGUUCUGUCACCAUCCAAAACAUCUCUGACAAGAUGGUGAAGCUGUCUUCAACCAUUCUUGACACCCUGGGGCCAUUUGUACUGGUAAAUGCUUUGAGAGUGCUCGCCCCUGAGGCAACCCACACUUUGAUUAUCUCCUUCACACCAACAGCUGGUCACAUUUUUCAAGAACCACUGCAGGUUAAGACUGGAACCUCGUCACUGCACUUGAUGCUGGUUGGACGAGGUGUGAGUCCUGUUGUCAGACUCAGUGUGGAGAAUCAAUUGUUAGACAUGGGUCCAGUGUUGGUGAAUGAAUACGUUGAGAAAUCCUUCAAGAUUGAAAAUACCUCCUCUGUGGCCAUUGACUAUGUCAUCAAGUUGGACAGUCUUUCCUACAGUCAUCACAGCAAAGCUCAGAGCUUACCUCACUUUCUGCAUGCUCAAAGCACCCUCACUAACUAUGUUGGUGUGCAAAACUAUAAUGGACAGAAUGUCUUUGAUGUUGUCCCAGCAGAAGGCACAAUUCCACCAGGAGAAACCAAGGAUAUUAUGGUGACCUUUGCUCCUGACCAUGAAAGCAUACACUACAGUGAUGGUAUUCACAUUGAAUUGUUCAGUGAGAAGGAGAGUCACUUCUUCCAGGUCACAGGGGAGUCUCAAAAGACACUGCUGUUCAUUGUUGGUGGGGAUGCGUUGUACCCUGAUGUAGAAUCACUAGGUGUACUUAGCCAUUCUUCUGCAGAAGAAGUCAGUACUCCUGUACCCUUCCUGUUGACGCUAAAGAGUCAGAUGAGAAAUGAGGAAUUUGUACCUGCCACUGCCACAAUUUUUGUGUGCUGUGCACGCUCAGUUUCAACAAAUCAGAAAAAGAAUGGAGAGUUUCAAUUUGAGGGCACACAGCAACUGUUGCAAAAGGGUAUCAACAUUGAACCUUCAAAGGCCAUGGUGGAGGCAGGGAUUAAAAAGCCUGUUGUCAUAACCUGGACACCUCCUCAAGGUCACAAUUCCAGCAAAGUUCAGGAAGAAUUAGUAACUGUAACUCUAAGAGGAGAUGUGGUUGAGCAGCAGCAGUUUGUUCUUCACUUGUUGGUGGUGUCUGCCUAAUCUUCCCACAAUAUACUUUACAAGAGCAACAGGAAAACUAUGAAAUGGAAUUCAGGAACUGUUUCACAAGUUCUUCUGUUCCUUAGACGAAAUAUGAUUCUUACCAUAAAGAGCAAAAAACAUUUAAAAUUCCUUUAAGACUAUAAAUGCAGUGCAGUUACAAGUCAUGCAAAUGUAAAAUAGAUGUCUUUAUUAAUCCUUUUUAGGAUAUUGUUUUAUCCGCUAACAGUAACAUGAAAUCAUUUUCCGUAAAUCAUUAACAUUAAAAAGAACAAACUGACUAUAUCCAAUUUAUUUAUACUAGCACUUACAGUCUCUCUUGCAAUUAUUAAAAAUUUGUAUACAUUCUUAUUGCCACUCAAAAUAGGGAUAACACUUGAGAUAAGUUAUACUUAUCUGUAACAUCUCUUCAAAUGUAUAUAAAUGGACACUCUAGAAAGGGGGCAAGCAGCAUGACCAUCUGAAUUCAUCCAAGAGUUGUGUAUCUGGAUUGCAGACAGGAUAAAUAAAUGCAGAUAAUAGGUGGUUUUAGCUCUAGGAAUCUAUACCUACCACUUUUCUCAGUGUGUUGAAUGUGGGUGCGAGUCAUCGGCUGAAGCUACAGUCAGUUUGCAGAUCAAAAUCUUGUCAUACAUUGUCUUGUGUCAUUCUGUCCCCUGCAAACCACCCCUCCUGCUUUUUUAUGUUCAAUUCAUGCCUGACCUGGUUUGCAAUAUUCGCACCAUAGAUGUAUAAAAUAUUUGCAGAAGUUCUAUGUGGACAUUAAAAGACUUUCUGAGACAGUACAAUACAAAGAACACUGAAAGAUUUUUUUUCAUAAUCUAUUUUACAGGCAUUGUGGGUGUCACUGUUAGCACAUUCUUUACCUUCUAUCAUGUAUUUUAUGUUUGAUUGUACAAAUUAUAUUUAUAUUUUAAACAA